AUGGUGGGCUCGGCGAAAAAGUCGACCAAAAAGUUCGAGAAGAAGCACCUCAAGGACAUUCUUGAGCGUCGCAAAGAACACGCCAAGGUCAAGCAGCGCCACCAGCAAAAUGAGAAGCGCAAGGAGCGCAGUGCCAGCCGCCGCGCCGCCGAAGACGAUGCCACCGAAGAACCGGACGAAGAGCAGACCAAGAAGCAAAAUGCCUACGCCGAGAUGAAUGUCGAUGACUUCUUUGCUGGCGGAUUCGAAAUCCCCACUGACGAGAAGGCCAGCAAGAAGGAUGUUGCUUCGAAGACUGGCAAACGCAAGCGCACUGCAGAGCAGGCGCAGGAUGAACAGGCCUCCGAGGCUAGCGACAAUGACGACGACGACGCCAGCAGUGCCGGUGGAUUCGACGAGCACAAGAACCAGCUUGAGGCAUUGAAAGAGAAGGACCCUGAGUUCUACAAGUACCUGAAGGAGAACGAUGCCGACCUGCUCGACUUCGGCAACCACGGUGAUAUGGAGGAGAUUGACGAGCUCAGUGAAGGCGAGCCGGUCGAGGAGGGUCCUGCCAAGAAGAAAAAGAAGAAGGGCAAGCAGCAAGAGGAAGAGGAGGAGGAAGUGGAUAACACAUUGACAAUCCCUAUGAUCAAGAAAUGGGAGUCCUUGAUGAUCGAGCAAUACUCGAUCCGUGCCAUGCGCCAGACCGUCCUCGCUUUCCGUGCUGCCGCUCUCGUCAACGAGGUCGAGGCCGAAGACCAAAAGUACUCGAUCAAGAGUCCCGAUGUCUAUCACCAGGUGCUCGUCACAUCGCUGAGUGUCGUUCCUAAGGUUCUCUCACACCAUCUCCCCGUCAAGGAAACGGCUGGCGGCAAGAUUAAGGUGUCUAUGGACUCGAAGAAGUUCAAGACUCUCACUCCUUUGAUCAAGUCGUAUACUUCCUCCGUUCACCAGCUGCUGGUUAAUCUCUCCGAUGCCUCAACCCUCAAAAUGACUCUUUCGGCUAUGGAGCCUAUGCUGCCAUACCUUCUCCAGUUCCGCAAGGUCCUGAAGACCCUGAUCAAGACCGUUGUUGGAAUCUGGUCCGAUGUGUCUACUGCAGAUGCCAUCCGCAUCACUGCUUUCAUUCUCCUGCGUCGCCUUAUGAUUGUCGGUGACGCUGGUAUCAAGGAGACCGUGUUGAAGGCUACCUACGAGGGCGUAGUCAAGGGCAGUCGCAACACCACUGUCCACACCCUGGCUGGUGUGAACUUGAUGAAGAACUCGGCCGCUGAGAUCUGGGGCAUUGACCAGAACGUCUCAUACACCACUGGAUUCUCAUUCAUCCGUCAAUUGGCUAUGCACCUGCGCAAGAGCAUCACCAACACCUCCAAGGAGUCCUACAAGACCAUCUACAACUGGCAAUACGUCCACUCUCUGGACUUCUGGUCGCGUGUGCUCUCCCAGCACUGUGAUGGCCUCGUCGAGGCCCAGGCCGGCAAGCAGUCCGCUCUGCGGCCACUAAUUUACCCUGUGGUCCAAAUUACCCUGGGUGCGAUGCGCCUCAUUCCGACCGCGCAGUACUUCCCCCUGCGCUUCCAAAUGACCCGGGCUCUUCUGCGUAUCUCUCGCGCAACCGGUACCUACAUCCCGCUUGGAUCUUCCCUGCUUGAAGUUCUCAACUCUGCCGAGAUGCGCAAGGCCCCCAAGUCCAGCACCCUCCGCCCCCUCGACUUCAACACCGCUAUCCGCGCCCCAAAAUCCUAUCUUCGCUCGCGUACCUACCACGACGGCGUCGGCGAGCAGGUCGCCGAACUUCUUUCCGAGUUCUUUGUCCUGUGGUGCAAGCACAUCGCUUUCCCCGAGCUGUCUGUUCCCGUUGUUGUUGCCCUGAAGCGCUGGUUGAAGCAGGUUUCUGCCCGUUCCGGUGGUAACAAGAACGCCAAGAUUAACCAGAUGAUUCUGUUGCUUGUGCAGAAGGUUGAAGCCAACUCUCGUUGGAUCGAGGAGCGACGUCUGAACGUGAACUAUACCCCCCGCAACCGCACCGAGGUUGAGUCUUUCCUCAAGGGUGUGGAGUGGGAGACUACCCCGCUUGGUGCGUUCGUCAAGACUCAGCGAAAACUGAGAGAGGAGCGCGCUUCUAUUCUCGAGGAGGGUCGUCGCGAAGAGGAGAAGAGGCGAGAAGAGAUGAAGAAGGGUGGUGAUCAGGACGAAUUGAUGAACGACUUUGGCAGUGAUGAUGAUAGUGAGGGUGAGGGCGAGGAGGAGAUGGAGAGCGAAGAUGAAAAUGAGCUCGAGCUCGAGGGCGAGAGCGAGGACGAGGACGAGGGCGAGAUGGAGGAGGAGUAG